CCAGUGAGUGAGUGAGUGAGUGAGUGUGUGGCUGGGGCUUAGCUCUAGGCUGGAAUCUAGUAAGUGUAACCACUAAGGAUCUUUUGAUAUAAACCAGUCCCGAAAAGCGAGAAAGAGAGAGAGCGCGGGGUCUGACUCGAGGCAAAUUCACCGGGUAUCACGGCCAACGUAAAGCAUUUAUUCCCCUGUCCACGGCGCCGUACAGUGAUGCCGACCAUCCAACGUCACAGCAUUCGCGGCUUCUCAUUGGCUGACUCACCAGCAAUUACCUCGGGUGCAGGGAGAGGGCGGGUGUGCCGAUAUUUUGGUUCGCAAAUUGAUUAAUGACAGACAAGCGCCGAAAAGUUUACAGUAACGUAGCGGUGUGUAUCAUAUAUUGGCUAGCUCAAUCGUCGAGUUGAUAUCAUAUCUCACUGCUCUGCUCCGUCAUCCAGCUACGAUGUGUGUUUAACCGGUCUGAAUUAUUGUUAUCACAGCGAUUCCAUGCAUGUGCAUAACCUACAUGGUGCCUCUUCAUUUUAUUCAGUGCCUUUCAUGUUUACAGUAUUUAAGUCAUUCCAUCCAAAGCAACCCAACAGUGAAGGUAUUUUUUCUACUUCGAGGACAUCUUCGAGACUAAUCAUUCGCUUGCUAUCUUCUCUGUUUGAGCUCAUCCUUGAUUACUGUUGAAGCGAUUAUUUUGGAAUUUGGAAUAAUUUUCUUCUAUCGAAUCGACGUGCACCCAUGCAUAUUAUGCAUCACAGCGAAACGGCGAUAACCGAGACGCCGUACGACCCGGCUUCCAUCAUGUCCAAUAAGACACUGACAGUGAGCAACAAUUCCGCCUUCACGCGGCCCCACCAUAGCCUCUCUCCCGUCACGGCCAUCUCUCCGGGGGCGACUUCACCCGAGACGCCGAUGCACAAAGCAGACGACAGGCCCGCCAAAGGAAUCAAUUUCCGAGUGGAAUCUCUCUUCUCGAAAUCACCGUCCCCGCUCGGCAGCAAACAGCACCCAACAGACAUGGACUGCAGCCCCGUGGCUCCUUCGUCACCACCUCCCGAAAACCCCGCUGCUCGCACGAACUCCUCAUCCGUACCGUCUUUCGCUAGUCAUAGUGUAGAGAACAUUUUAGCCAAAUCAUCGUCAUCGUCAUCGUCGUCGUCAACGGAUAGUACGGGACGAUGCACGUCACCGACGACGCAGACGUACACUUGGAAUGCUUCUAGCUUUCCUUGGAUGCAGGCGACAAAAUUAAGCCCUUCAUCUGGUUCAUCAGAAAUCCGACCUCCAUUCGCAGGACCCAAAGUGCAGUGCACGCUCCGGAAGCACAAGACAAACCGGAAGCCUAGGACACCCUUCACCACGUCACAACUUCUCGCUCUGGAGCGCAAAUUCCGCCAAAAGCAGUACCUCUCGAUAGCCGAACGUGCCGAGUUCUCCGCCUCGCUCAACCUCACCGAAACUCAGGUCAAGAUCUGGUUCCAGAACAGGAGGGCCAAGGCCAAGCGCCUCCAGGAGGCCGAACUCGAGAAACUCAAGAUGGCGGCCAAACCUAUGUUCGCGCCUGGACUCGGUAUGCACAUUCCUGCCAGCGCGUACUACUCGUCACUCAGCCCGCUCCACGCGGCGCUCAGGCCACAGAUCUCCCUCAGUCCCUAUCAUCUAGGACCGUAUGCAUAUUUACCAUCACCGCCAGCUCCAUCGAACAUAGUCUAUCCAUAUACAACCGGGAGCUUUUGAGAAUGACCAAGCCAUUGGACAUUGCACCUUAUUGCUUCAUGAACGCUCUUAAAAAAUGAACUGGUGCCUAACUUUAUCUACUUACACGUCGGUGUGCUUAUUCCUAUUUUGACUGAAGAUGGCGAUGUAGACGAAUCCGUCAAUAUUGUUUAUGUUGACAUGACAUGGUGCCGUGGCAGUAUUGUAUUGUCAUGGGUGAGUAGCCGAACUGACACUUGCUGCAUGACGUCAUCUGCAAGUCCAUCAUGCAUUGCAAAGUUCCAAAUACGUUUACAUUAAAAAUUGCUUGCCGUCCAUUGUGGGCCAAAAAUUGAGGACUUUGAUAUGCCAAUUGUUAUUUUCUCUAAGUUAUCUACGCAGCCAUGUGAGAUUUAUUAGAAUUCUUUUAAAGUCAUAAUGAUAGUAUGUAAAAAAGAUUAUUCUGUAAGAACAAAAAGCCCACCGCUGAAAUGAUACACAAGCACAAAGUGCCCUUGUUUUUAUUAUUUUCUCUCCACCUCUCACCAAGAAGUGCCAAAGUAUUUAAUUUUCCCGCCUUUUAAAAUCUCCUCAGAAUCAUUGUGUCUUACCAGGCUGUCACGUGACAAGUCUUGGUGACGUAAUGAUAGAUAUUGACUGGUUGACGUUUUGCCUUAUGAUUAAACGUUAAUGUAGGAAACUUUUUGAAUAUAUUCAGACAUUCCCGAGAAUGGCCAACUUUCUUUUUUUUAUUGUCAAUUUUCCAAUCGAAUUGAAACACAAUAUAUUAUUCCUCUAUUUUCGCGACAAAACGAUAAAAAUAUUUAACAUAUUUGUUAGUAACUUGGUUUUGUUGAAUAACGGUAUGCCUAAUGGCCAAAUUUAGAAUAUGCCCUAAUGUGAUCAGUGUUUGGACCAGGCAAACAUUUUUGGCAGAAGAAUGAUUCAAAUUUACAAAUUCAGCUCUGUGUAAAGACCAUUCUAUUAUGCUAAGGUAAAAGUGUUUUCUUAGAUUAAAACCAAAUAGACACUUUAGACCGUCCUGUAUUAUCUAAUUAACUGCCGUUUUCUUUUCAUGCAAACAGAAAACAAGCAGCAAAAUUCACUGAAUGAACUUAAUUUUUCAUAAUUAUACAGCAGUUUUUAAGAAGGAAAUGUAUUUCUAACUUGAUCAUAAAACUGAUAUACGGAUAGGAUUAUUUUCCAUGCAUCUUGUGUUGUUUUCACCAGCCUAAACCCACCGUAUUUUUGUGUAUUACAGAAAAAAUACCACUUAGUGCCGAACAUAUUGCCAGUAUUACAAUGAAAAUCCUUUAAUGUUAUUGCUGAGUGUUAAAUAUACAUCAUUUUUGGAAAUGAAAUUUAUUGAUAUUAAUAUCAAUUAAUGCCGUGUUUUCUUU